UGUUUUGUCGGCUCACUGCUUGUCGGCUUUGCAAAAGCAUCUGUCAUCGUUGUGACAGAAAAAGGUACGCGAAACGCAAAGAAGAAAGGUGAAGAAUUUUGUAUACAAAUUUACUCUGAUUCUGUUCGAAAAAUUUAAUCAAAAUGUUGAUCAAAGUGAAGACCUUAACUGGAAAAGAGAUCGAAAUUGAUAUUGAACCAACUGACAAGGUUGAUCGAAUCAAGGAACGUGUAGAAGAAAAAGAAGGCAUUCCGCCGCAACAACAACGACUGAUUUUUUCCGGAAAACAAAUGAAUGAUGAUAAAACAGCAGCCGAUUAUAAGGUUCAAGGUGGUUCUGUAUUGCAUUUGGUGUUGGCGCUUCGUGGUGGAACCCGCAAGGUGUAAAUAAAAAGUUGCCAACAAAAUGUAAACGAAUAAGGGAUGUGAUCACACUUGUAUCUAAAUAAAAGUUUCAACUUA